CAGCAGGGGCUUGUUUUCCAGCACCAAACAACAAGGAUGAAGACUCCGGGCGACGAUGCGGCAGCGCAGAUAACAUCGGGCAGCUUGAGCUGAAAGCCCCGCCGGAGGUGUCUCCCUCUCUCCCGGUGUGUCCCGGAGGAAAGCAGCGGCAGCGAGGCUGGACAAGUGCAGAUGAAUGUCUGCGCCGUAGGGAAGCGUCCCUGCAGUUGUUGUGGUUAGCCGCUAAUGCUAACUGGAGAAGUUGGGAGCUAGCUGGCCUAGCAAGCUAACGGUUAUGAUCGGGAGGAGGCGAUAAUAGACUCAUAUGUUUGAUUUAAGCCGCUGCGGCUGCAAAACUCGGGCGCAUUCGGCUCAUGGGGCCGGCUUACAUUGAUUUGAGAAGUUUGGGGAAAGUGCAGCUUUGGCUGAGCCUUUGAAGUGGUAGUUGUAGUAGUUUCCUAGCCUCACAGUUAGCCUCCACCAUCCCUGGAAGAAUGAGUAGAAAACACCAUCACUUUAAAGGAGCCGAGGUCAGCUGCUGCGUCAAAUACUUCCUAUUUGGGUUCAACAUAUUAUUCUGGUUACUAGGAGCAGCUUUCUUGGCCAUCGGACUGUGGGCAUGGGCAGAGAAGGGUGUGCUGUCCAACCUGUCAUCCAUCACAGAUCUAGGAGGCUUCGACCCCGUGUGGCUCUUCAUCGUCGUAGGAGGGGUCAUGUUCAUCCUGGGCUUUGCCGGCUGCAUCGGAGCGCUCAGAGAGAACACCUUCCUGCUCAAAUUCUUUUCUGUGUUCCUGGGUUUGAUCUUCUUCUUGGAGCUGACUGCGGGGAUCCUCGCCUUCGUCUUCAAGGAUUGGAUCAAAGACCAGCUCAACUUUUUCAUCAACAACAAUGUCAAGGCCUACCGCGAUGACAUCGACUUGCAGAACCUCAUCGACUUUGCCCAGGAAUACUGGUCAUGCUGCGGAGCACACGGGCCCGACGACUGGAACCUGAACAUCUACUUCAACUGCACUGACAAGAACCCCAGCAGGGAGCGCUGCGGAGUCCCCUUCUCCUGCUGUGUCAAAGACCCUGCAGAAGAUGUCAUCAACACACAAUGUGGCUACGAUGUUCGGCUUCAAGGGGAGCUGGACCGACAGCAAUACAUCUACACCAAAGGCUGCGUGGGGCAGUUUGAGAAGUGGCUUCAAGACAACCUGAUUAUUGUAGCUGGAAUCUUUGUGGGAAUUGCACUUUUACAGAUUUUUGGUAUCUGCCUUGCUCAGAACCUGGUGAGUGACGUUAAAGCUGUCAAAGCCAACUGGUGACAGGAGGAGUGAAGCGGGGCGGCCCCACCCCUGCCCGCCCCGCCCCGCCCCGCCCCUCCCAGCAGGCCCCGCCUGGUCGACGCAGCACACACACGGUCCCGUCCAGCCGAGGGGCUGAGAGCCAACAGGUCCGGCCUCCUUCGCCACCGAGCUGAGCAGCACAGCCACACUCGGCACUUGUCUAAAUGCAGACUCAAAGACUUUACUGCCCCGUGACCUUUGAAGGGGGAGAAGGAAACGAUUCCAUGCAAAACCAAACAGUCAAAACUUUGUUUACCUCUCAGAUGGGAUUUUUAACCCAGAUAUACCGAGGACAGUCCUGUGUACUUCAGAAUUUUACUUUUUUUUUUUGUUCUUUUAAUUUCCACUGAUUUUUGUUCUUUGGACAAAGUUAUUUAUGGCACGUAGUUGCACAAGGACUCCUGUCAACGAGGAGAUCGGAAGCCAUGGAUUGAGAAUAAGAGACAACUGACAAACACAAGUGACAAUGAGCCAGCUUUUUUUCUUUUUUUUUUUUUUUUUUUUUUUUAGGUCAA